CGUAUAUCUAGCUGCUCACAGAGACUGCACCGAUACUUGCUUUAUCUGCGUUUGUUUGCCGCCUUUCCCAGCUCCAUAUUCACCGCUCGCCUUUCCUUGUACCUGAAGACCCUGGUUAUAUAAGAUGGGUAUGAAUAGCGACCUAGACAAGUGGAUAGAGAAGGUGAAGAAAUGCGAGCACCUGGCCGAGGAGGAGCUCAAGUCGCUUUGUGACUACGUGAAGGAGAUCCUGGUGGAGGAGUCCAACGUGCAACCAGUCAACGCGCCGGUCACCGUCUGUGGUGACAUCCAUGGGCAGUUCCAUGACUUGCUUCGGUUGUUUGAGACGGGCGGUGAGGUGCCGAGCACCAACUACAUUUUCAUGGGCGACUUCGUGGACCGGGGAUACAACAGCUUGGAGGUCUUCACGAUGCUCAUGCUACUCAAGGCUCGCUACCCCGCGAACAUCACCCUGCUCAGAGGCAACCACGAGAGCCGGCAAAUCACCCAGGUGUACGGUUUCUACGAUGAAUGCCAGCGCAAAUAUGGCAACGCCAACGCGUGGCGAUACUGCACGGAGGUCUUUGACUUCCUCACGCUCUCGGCACUCAUCGACAGCAAGGUGCUGUGCGUGCACGGCGGCUUGUCCCCCGACAUUCGCACCCUAGACCAGAUUCGGACGAUUGACCGCGUGUGCGAGAUCCCGCACGAGGGGCCGUUUUGCGACCUCAUGUGGUCCGACCCAGAGGACAUCGAGACGUGGGCAAUCAGCCCCCGCGGCGCCGGUUGGCUGUUCGGCAGCAAGGUCACAGCAGAAUUCAACCAGAUCAACGGGUUAGAGCUUAUCUGCCGAGCCCACCAGCUGGUGCAGGAGGGGCUGAAGUACAUGUUCCCGGACCGGUCACUGGUCACGGUCUGGUCGGCUCCAAACUACUGCUACCGCUGCGGCAACGUGGCGUCGAUACUCAUAUUCGACGACAAGCUGAACCGGGACGUGCGGUACUUCACGGAAACGCAGGAGAACAGCAACAUGAUGGCGCCGCGCGCCACGGCCAGGUACUUCUGGUAAGGCGCCGCCGCAACACGGCUAUGGAGCAGGGUUCGGCGGACCCGUGCGGCCGCCGGCGCCGACCAGUGGCGCCAGCAGCGCAGCGCAGCAUAUUACUGCGAUCGCACUGGCUGCUGGCGGCUUCCUUGCUAGUAAGGGGCAGGCGGAUAGCCAAGCAGGCGGAGCCGGCUGGCUGCUGCACGGGCUAUUUGAGCGCACUCGGAGCUUUGUUAGCGAGGUGAUGGUUACGGCCCUCGUGGCUGCAUGCGUGGGGUAGUUAGGUUUGUGUGGUCGUUACUCUACAUACGGGGAAUGAAUAUCGGGUGAGGGGUAGAUGUAUUUAACUCUUGCAGACUGUGCAUAGGUAGGAAUUGCAUGCGGGGCGCGGCCGGUCAGCAGUGCUGCAAGCGUGGGGCAGGUGCGACGCAUUGUACGAGCAUUGGGUGGCCGUGCGCCGUGUGUGUUUUACCUGUCGAGUGGUUUUUGCUUCGAGACAUGUUUGGCUUGGUCUGAGUGCAUGCGGUAGCAACGAGUAAAGACCUCUUUUAUGUUUGCAAGGGCGUGCACGUGAGCCGCGUGUGUGCUCAAGAACAGCUGAGCGAACGUGACGGCGGAUGUCUGGUCCAGGAUGCGUGUCUGAAGAUACAACGCUCACUGUCGCCGCUCUGUGUAUGGUGGCUCCGAUGCUGCUUGUUUUGAAGCAAGUGACUCACUGGACACCGCUAUGUAGGUUUCGUGAUGGAACUGUUGAGCGAAACUUAGUGGGGCGUGCCCAUUCAUCAACAAAAGCCACGGGCAUGGUGCAUGGAGGCUGCGUGGUGGUGUGCGCACCCGCAUCCGAUUCCUUCGUCAACACCGGACAGUGGACGAGGCAAUGCAGUCUUGCCAUGUAAGAGCUAUGGUAU